AUGGGUUUCGGUAACCUCGAAUCAAGUGAAGGUCUUAACUUACUGAAUGCAUUUUUAUCAGACAAAAGUUAUAUCGAAGGAUAUCAGCCAUCGAAAGGUGAUAUUGUUGUUUUUGAAGCCGUUAAAAAAUCGCCACCAAAGGAUUUAGAAAAUGCAUUUCGUUGGUUCAAACACAUUUCUUCAUUUGAUGAUAAUGAAAGGCAAAAGUUCAAAGGGGAACGAAAAGCAAUUGACCAAUAUGGACGGGUGAGUGGCCAAGAUAGUGUUGAAAAACAUGUUUUUAAAUCAUUAUCACAUGAUCCACAUGAAAAAUCAGAUGAAAAAACAAAUACUACAACAGCAAAGCCAGCCAAGAGCGGAAACGAUGAUGAUAUCGACUUGUUUGGAUCUGAUGAUGAAGACGAUGAAGAAGCAAAGAGAAUACGUGACGAACGUUUGAAAACUUACGCAGAGAAAAAAUCUAAAAAACCCGGACCAAUUGCAAAAAGUUCGAUUGUUUUAGACAUAAAACCAUGGGAAGAUACCACAGAUUUGGUUGAAAUGGAACGUUUGGUACGAGGAAUCGAGUUAGAUGGGCUUGUUUGGGGUGCUUCCCGUUUAGUCCCCUUGGCAUUCACAAUCAAGAAACUUCAAAUAAAUUGUGUUGUUGAAGAUGAUAAAAUGGCUGCUAUUGAAACAAAGCUUUACGUAACCAAUUUUCCCUCGUCCGCUACGCGUCAACAAUUACAAUUAUUUUUUGGACGUUUCGGUCGUGUACAAGAAUGUGCUAUUAUGUGGAAUUCAUACGCAUUUGUGCAUUAUUCAAAUAUUGACGAAGCUAAACGUGCUUUAGAACAGGCAAACGGUGCUUUGUUUCUAAAUCGAAAAUUGAUAGUUCAAUUAUCAACAAGUAGAUUUCGGCCAAAUCCAAAGGAAAUUACAAAUGGUGGAGGAGAAAAUGUAGACAAUGGUCUACAAGAUUCAUUUGCAACAAAUGGUGAUAAUGAUGGAUGGAUUAAUAACACAAGACAAAAUCAACAGCAUUCGUCGCCACUUAAUUAUAUGAAUGAACCAAGCUACAACGUUGAUUUAAAUCGUCAGUGUUAUUCAUUUCAAAAUGGUCAUCAACAACAUAAUAACACCAAUAAUGAUUAUUCAUCCUCAUCCCUUCAACAAAAAGAUAAUCAAUGCUUACCGUCAUAUUAUCCACAACAUGAUAAUAAUAGUCAAAACUAUCAUCCUCUUGUAAAUGAUAGCGGUUUAUUAUCCACAUUGGCUCAAACACCUCCACCAUCUUCUGUUUCUAAUGAUCAUCAAUAUUACAAUCGUUUCGAUUUGAAUAUGAACCAUCUACAGCAGCAGUAUAUAAAUGGGACAGCGUUAAAUUAUAAUAAGAUUGCUAGUAGUAGUACAAGUAGUUGUAGUAACAAUGGAAGUACAAAUGGAGAAAUCAAAAACAGAAUGAUAUUUCCUAAUAAUGAUAGUGGCGAUGCAACAGUAGCAACUAAUAAAAAUAUUUCAAAAAUAAUCAGAACAGAUAUUGGUGCUAACAGUGAGAUACCAAAGCUGUAUGUUACGAAUUUACCAGAUAAUUGUAAAGCAAAUGAUUUGCAACGUUUAUUUUCUAAUUAUGGUGUUGUCGUUGAUUGCGUUAUUUUAUGGGACUAUUAUGCAUUUAUUACUUAUAGAAAAUUUUCUGAAGCUGAAUUAGCCUUGCAAUCGUUACACGGACAAAUGUGGAAAGAAAGACGUUUAAUUGUUGAAUGGUCAAGAGCCUCAGGGAGAAGACAAACAACAACGACAUCAACUGGAAUGAAGAAGGAUCAAGUAUUUAAUACUUCCCCAUUAUUAAAUGGAGAAGAACGACAACAAAAACAAUCUUAUUUAACAAAUAAGAAGGAUGUUAGUCAGAAUCUGUUUAUCACAAACAAUAGUAAUCUGUCUCAACCGUUAUCUCCUUCAAAAAAAUCACCUUUAUCACAAUUAGAUCAGUCGUCACGUGUUCGACCAGCAACAUUAUCGUAUCUUCCACAUUAUCAGCAACAACAGUUUGCAUCAGCUCUGUCUCCUACCACGAUGAUUUCACCAACACCAACAGUUCAAACGUCUUCGGCACCACUUCCGCAAUCACCUCAACAACAACAACAAGUUUUUUCAGUCAAUCGAAAUCUGAUGAUGUUGUCACUUUUACAACAUCAACAACAACAGCAGCUGCCUAAAUCAUCAUCACCUGUGCAAAAUCAUCCAAAUGUCUAUUUAGGAGGAGCAACUCCACCGCCAGGCAAUGGUGCGAAUUAUUCCGAAAACACGAAUACACUAAUGCACAAUUCGUUUCCUGCCUAUGCUGGUUCUAAUAUUAAUUCACUAGCAGAUAAUAAUGCAACAUUCGAACGUUUGGCUGCUGCAAGUAGUAGUAAUAAGUCUCCGUUGGAUAAUUUAUUGUUUUCUCCUAAAGGCAACAGCAACAAUAAUACAAGCCUUAAAGAUGCUGAACGUACACAACAACACACAAUGUCGGAUAUUGUAGCUUUACUUGAUGGAUGUACAAGUGAUCAAAGUGAAACAAAAUCCUUAUCAGAUCUUCGAACCACUUCGGCUAUGUCUUGUUCAUCGUCAACACGUGCAGAACCACCGAAUAUCUUUAAUAACGAGUCAAUUUUAUCCUCAUUAUUUUGGAAUAUUGAUUUUCCAGCAGCAGUAAGUAAUGCAUCAAUCAAACAAUCAGUUUUGAAUAAAUUAUUUGAAUCAAAAACGGAUUGUUUUGAAAAUCAUCAAGAAAAUAUGGGUACAUCAUCGCAACAAUCACGUCCAUAUUCAUAUCAUUUAACAUUAACAACAGCACCAGAAAAUAACUAUCAAUCAUCGAUGUAUUGUUAUAAUGGUUGGAAUUAA